ACCCGAGUUCAGUUGUUAAACAAACGUCAGCGCGCGCAGUUAACUCUCGUUGUGGAUUCCCCCAAAGCGAUUGCGCGCAGCUGCUGAAAAAAAACUAUAAGAAAACGGAGACAAAAGACAGCGAGAAAAACGAUAGAAAAACGAAAAAAAUAUAACAAAAAAAAAAACUAAAACAAUAAACCAGAAACAGAAAACAGUAUCGUUUGGGGCUAGGUCGACAAACAAACAAAUGAAAAGAGACACGAGUGUGUAUGAGUGUAUUCAGCGAAUAAACAAGUAUUUUGUCGUUGCACCCACGUCGUAUACAACUGAAAUUAAAGCUCUUCCCUCUACGGUUUUGUCAAACGUUUGUGGUACUCGGAAUUGGAAUCGGAAUCGGAUUUCUGUUUUUCCAAGGUCAACCACCUUUUUUUUAUAAAGACUGCACAAAAUUCAACAUAAAAAAUGCCGCGAAAAUUGCUAAAAUUUCUCAUCAUCUUCGAUAACACCUCGCUGCUGUACUUCCCCGGGCAAUUCCUCUCCGGACGUGUGCUCAUCGAGCUGCAGGAUGAGACGCCCGCACUGGGACUACACUUCCAUGUGGUGGGCGAGGGGGUUGUGCGUGCGGGAGGACGUCAGGAGCGCACCUAUGACAAGGAGAACUAUAUAGAUUUCCGCAUGCGUUUGCUGGGGGAUGUGGAUCAAGGACCCGCCAUACUCUCACCAGGCAUACAUAGUUUCCCAUUCAAAUUGGGUCUGCCCGUGGGCUUGCCAUCCACAUUUUUGGGCAGCUUUGGUUGGAUACAAUAUUUCUGCACCGCAGCUCUACGAGAACCCAAAGGUCUGACGCACAAGAAUCAUCAGGUCUUUAUUGUGAUGAAUCCCAUUGAUUUGAAUCUAGAGAAGCCUAUACUUUCGCAACCCUUUACCUGCGAGGUGGAGCAUAAACUGGGCGUGGUCGCCUGUGUGGGCGGUGGACAGAUCAAAUGUCGUGUAAUUUUGGAUCGCGGUGGUUACGUGCCUGGCGAGAAUAUUUUGGUCACAGCAUUUAUUUCCAAUGCCAGCAAUGUGACCAUCAAACGCACCAAGGCAUCGCUUACAGAGACCAUCGAGUACUUGGCCCGUGGCAAGACCGUGCAGACGGAGAAACGCGCUUUGGCUGUGUUGGUGCGUGGCAAGAUACGUCCUGGUGGCAAGGAUGAGUGGCACAACGACAGUCUCUAUGUGCCACCAUUGCCACCGACAAAUCUACAAGGCUGUCAUUUGAUUAAAAUCACUUACGAUGUAUUCUUUGUCAUCGAACCCAAGUCCAUGGAGAAGGAGGUUAAAUUACAGCUGCCCAUUGUCUUGGCCACAUAUCCGUUCCGGAAUAAUGCCAAUGAUGUGUCCAAUACGUGGCCCGAAUCGGUGCUAAAGCCGGACACCCAUUAUCCAUCGACAUUGCCUAUAUUCCGUCCCUGGUUGCAUGAGAAACCAGAUGCAUAACAUCCCAUUAUAUAUUCAUUCGACUCGGAAAGAUGCGAUCUAUUGUUAAAUUAACCUUUGCGCCAUAAAAUAAUUUAUAACUUAUUUAACUCUUAAUCAUUUUGUAAUGUUUUGUGACACAACUAAAAAAAAAAGUAAAAGA